CAUCUUUAUGGCAUGAAAUACUUUGAAAUGUUUUUUUAGAUUAAAAAACAUUGCUGCAUGAAAUGAAAGUAUUCGUACUUCUUACAUUGGCCGUUCUUCUGAUAGAUUUGGUCUUUGCUGGAUUCGGAUGUCCAGAUGACGAGAAAGUGUGUAAUAAACACUGCAUGGGCCUCAAUUGUAAAGCAGGGUACUGUGAUGAAGCCAAGAACUGGUUGUGGUGUGCAUGCUCCGAGUGUUAUCCUCAUGCAACGGUGACACCUACGAGUGUAAUGAACAGUGAAGGACGAUCAUUUGUAGAAAGGGGUACUGUUACACAGCAAUCGCGGGAUUAAGAUGUACAUGUACGGGUGUAGUGGAAAAGUGAACAAACCUGUAUACCAACAGUAAUAACUCUGAUUUGAAUAUUUGUAAUGAAAGCAAUUUAGUCAUGAUUCUGCGUAUAAAUUUUCUUUCUCUUUUCAAGAAGUAAAGAUUUUUCAAGCUUAAUGAACUCCGAACAACA